AUGAGCGAAGGCGACUCCUUCUAUGUAGAAAAUAUAAGCGGGGAUGAGAGGCAAUACACUGUGUUUAGAAGUGGUUCUACGGCCAAAGUCGACCUACUGGAAAAGUCUUGUUUGUAUAGGAAGUUUGACCUGGUCAAAAUACCUUGCGAUCACGCGAUGGCCGCUUUGCGAUUGAACCACGGUGAUGAUUAUGGUUUAAGAGUCUAUGAUUACUCUUCGCCCCUGUAUAAAGUGGAAGAGUACCUCCUUGCAUAUUCAGAAUCAAUUAAUGUUGUCCCUUUGAAGUCCGAAUGGCGUGUGCCACAAGAAUUGCUAGACGUGAAUAUUAUCCCACCACUCGUGAUCACUAAGCCCGGAAGGAAGAAAAAAAAAUGUGUUAAGGGCGUGGGCGAGACUUUCAAGUCAAAGAGGAGGAACAAGUGUUCAUUGUGUAAGAGACCCGGGCACAAGAGAACCACUUGUAACAACAACAAAUUGUAG